ACCCCGGAGACUGGCAACGCCACACGACGAAAUGGCCCCCAACAGGCAAAGUCCACAAUGACAUCUGAGUGGUUCAUGAACUUCCUUGUGCUUCUGCUGCAACGUACUUGGUAUGUUCAUCCCGUCUAACGUCAGACAACGGAACCAGGAUGAAUGAAGACGCUGAAGACACGGAGUUGCCAGACACCGCCGAAGAGUUUUACUCGAACGACGCGGUGACCUUCUGUCCCCGCGUUCAUAUCUGCAAGGGUCUCGAGGAAGAGGACGAGGAUCAAGGACCAUGGGCCUGCCUUCCAGACAUCCUUCUCGAAGACAUCUACGCUAUGGUUCCCAUCGACGACCGCUAUUCCAUGUCACAGGUCUGCAGGAACUGGUACCGCGUAUUUUUCUCCCCUCGUGUCUGGAUGACUUUCGUCUUGAACGACCGAGCACUGACGAGACGAAAGUUCAACUACUACAUGGGCUACCAGUUCCACUUGGACCACUACAGAGCUCACAUGUGUGUACACAAGAUUGGCCGAUUCAUCCGCCGCCUGGUGGUUCCUCCGAUGGCAAAUUUUUUCAACCUGUACGAGUUCAUGGUAAUCAUGGCAUACUUCGGCGAAGCGUCCGGCAGUGCGCACAACCCUCUAGCUCAUUUGCGCAGUUUCGAGUUCACCUUUGGCUGUAUGUCUUCCGAUGGCCGUCAAGGACAGGACAACGUCUUCGGUACCGGCGGCAAGCUGCUGGAAUCCCUCAAGAGGUUGAUGAGAUGCUUUAUUGGACUGCGUCACCUUUCCCUGAAGGACUUGCUUCUGGACCAUAGAGAAGCAAAGUAUUUACUGGACGACACUGUCGAAAACACGAUGGUGACGCUGAAGACGCUGAGGCUUAUCAACUGCACCAAGGAACCCUAUCCUCUACUGCACGUUGGAGUAUUUCUAAACUUAAAUGAUCUGUACCUAUCCCCUCAACAUCUCGACGACGACGUGGUGAGCCUACUGGGUUCUACCAGACUCAGGAACCUGCACCUGGUUCAGACGACGCACACUGAUAUUGGCAUACGGGUGUCUUCGAGGACAUGGCGGGAAUGCAAGAAGUCCAAUCCACGUUUGCGGGUGCACCUCGCUGUUGAAGGUCGUAUCAGAAAGGAGCUAGUAUGGCAAGACUGUGCACCCGUCCAUUCCAUCGUGUAUCGUACGCCAUAUAACCAGGUGUGUCCAGAGUCUGCGCUGAUGGCUUCCACAAUCUACGCCUCCACUUUGGCCUGUUACGCUUUCCUCGGUCUGCCAAAGUUCCACAUGGCCAAACGCUUCGUGGACCGGUCCGAUUCUGCACUCGUUCUGCUGUGUCGUUCGUGCCCGCGCCUCGAGACCCUCAUCAUAAGAGAGAGAGUGUCCACAGCCACCGUCCUCCUCCUCGCCUACUACGGUCACAAUCUCAGGCAGUUCGUGGUCAGACGAAACGCCAUCAUGAAGAAAUGUGACUGGCCUCAAAACAUAGACUGGACCGACGACUUCUUCGUGUGGCUCAAGAUGACCUCCCAGUCGUACGACUUGGUCUACAAGGAGGUCUCCAGAAUGAUGGGUGUUCAGUGGGAGCCCCUCACAGACAAACAGUUCAAGGCAUUCGAAUUACGCGCAGACUACUACAAGGCCAGAGACCACGACGACUACGGGGACUGAUGACGUCAUCUAGUGUUAAGCCCGUGUUUUGUAAAGUGAUGGACUCCCAAAGACUAUAUAGAAUUAAAGGACUAUAAUAAGAAAUUUUAAAGAA